CUGUGUAUAUCCUGUUGUCUGCUUCCUCCUGCAGCUUGUAUGGGUCCGUUCCGGCCACAGAUGGGGUUCCCCUCAAGCCCAUGGGUCCUCCUCAGUCCUUUCCUGACUCUCCACCUCCUGCGGCUGGGAUCAGCGGACUUCAGAGUGGUGGGGCCAAGCCGACCUCUCCUUGCCACCGUGGGGCAGGAUGUCGUGCUGCCGUGUCACUUGUCUCCACGCAUGGACGCUCGGAGCUUGGAGAUCAGGUGGAUUCGGCACCAGCUUUCUGAAACGGUGCACCUCUACCGAAAUGGAGAGGACCUGCACAAAGCACAGAUGGAGGAAUACAUUGGAAGGACAGAGUUGGCCAGAGAUGGCCUCUCCGGUGGGAGCCUGGACUUGCAAAUCUCUGAGUUGAGACCAUCUGAUGAUGGCCAGUAUGUCUGCACUGUGCAAGAUGCUGGCACCUAUGCAGAAGCUAUGGUGGAGUUGGAGGUGGCAGCCUUGGGCUCUGUCCCUCUCCUCUCUCUGGAGGCGUACGAGGAUGGAGGCAUCCGGGUGGUGUGUCGAUCGGCCGGCUGGUACCCGUCACCGCACGUGCUGUGGAAGGAUGACAAUGGGCAGCAUCUCCCCUCGGUCUCCCAGAGACAUUCCCCUGAUGAGAGGGGCCUCUUUGAGAUCCAAGAUGUCGUCAUUGUGAGAGGGAAGGAAAAUGGAAACGUGUCAUGCGUGGUGAGGAACAACCGCCUGGAGCAGGAGCAGGUGUCGAUCCUGCACAUCUCAGCUCCCUUUUUCCACAAUGCCCGUCCCUGGAUGGCAGCUCUGGGUGUGUUCCUCUUGCUUUCAGUGAUCUGUUUUGGUGUCAUUGCUUAUCUCUUCCGAAGGAAAGCAACAAAAAGCAGCACUGGCGAGGGGAAGUGUGAAACCCUGUGUAUAUCCUGUUGUCUGCUUCCUCCUGCAGCUUGUAUGGGUCCGUUCCGGCCACAGAUGGGGUUCCCCUCAAGCCCAUGGGUCCUCCUCAGUCCUUUCCUGACUCUCCACCUCCUGCGGCUGGGAUCAGCGGACUUCAGAGUGGUGGGGCCAAGCCGACCUCUCCUUGCCACCGUGGGGCAGGAUGUCGUGCUGCCAUGUCACUUGUCUCCACGCAUGGAUGCUCGGAGCUUGGAGAUCAGGUGGAUCAGGCACCAGUUCUCUGAAACGAUGCACCUCUACCGAAACGGAGAGGACCUUGAUGGAGCACAGAUGGAGGAAUACAUUGGAAGGACAGAGUUGGCCAGAGAUGGCCUCUCCAGUGGGAGCCUGGACUUACGAAUCUCUGAGUUGAGACCGUCUGAUGAUGGCCAGUACGUCUGCACUGUGCAAGAUGCUGCCGCUUAUGGAGAAGCUACAGUGGACCUGGAGGUGGCAGCCAUGGGCUCUGUCCCUCUCCUCUCUCUGGAGGCUUACGAGGAUGGAGGCAUCCGGGUGGUGUGUCGAUCGGCCGGCUGGUACCCGUCACCGCAGGUGCUGUGGAAGGAUGGCGAGGGGCAGCAUCUCCCCUCAGUCUCCCAGAGACGUUCCCCUGAUGAGAGGGGCCUUUUUGAGAUCCAAGAUGUCGUCAUUGUGAGAGGGAAGGAAAAUGGGAACGUGUCAUGCGUGGUGAGGAACAGCCGCCUGGAUCAGGAGCAGGCGUCGUCCCUGCACAUCUCAGCUCCCUUUUUCCACAAUGCCCGUCCCUGGAUGGCAGCUCUGGGUGUGCUCCUCUUACUUUUAGUGAUGUGUUUUGGUGUCAUUGUUUAUCUCUUCCGAAUUAAAGGGAAACGAGAUGCAGAACUGG